CACACCCAUGUCAGUAUAUACAUCGAGAUUAGACUUAGCAAUUUUACAUUGUAUAUUUCUAUCUAUAAUACUUUUGAUAAUAUAAGAUUUAUUACCGUUCAUGUCUUGGCAAUUUUUGCAGACAGCAGUGUUUUAUUCGGGUGAAUAUAUUAGUUUUAAGAGUGUUAAAAAUGAAAAGUUUCCGAACAUAUACGUUCACUUUUAUUAGACAGUUUACCAGUAUUGGUAAGGUGAUCAGACAGAUAUAAAUGUUUUAUGGCAUUUGCAAGAAUCUAGAUCUCAUUUUAACCAGACCAUAUGUAAUCAUAUAUCAAUGAACAUUCAACUUGGUUAGAAUCUUUAUUAAUAAGAAAAUGCUUAUCAUGUGCUAAUAAUGCUGGUGAAUAUUUCAGAAGUUACUAGGAAAAUAAGUGAAAUGGCUUUAUUGACUUGUGAAAAGUGAAAUUACUUAUGUAAUAAAGUGCAAAGUGAUAAUGACUAUUCAAUGUUGUCUUAAAACUUGCUUGAAACUAUUAGAUUCGCUAAAAAUUUUCAAGUGCUGAUAUGCAACGCAUGGUUUUUAUCAUCAGAUGUCGAGGAGCUGCAGUUUUUACAUGGCAGCUCUAGUGCUGCUAAUGUUUCAUAAAUGCAUGAUCUCCAAAUUUCCAUGCUGCACAUAUAGAAAUAGAUGACAAUUUUGAAGCUUCAAUGAAAAAACAAAGAGGUAGCUUAUGACAUGUUUAUCCAUACACAACACUCGAGUAGCGUGAACAGCAGCAGUAGUAGCAGUCGAGGAGGCUGUAACUUAGCUUAUCAACAUAUAAGUAAAAAACGCAAAUUGGAGUGCGAUAUCAGUCAGCCUUUCAACCAGCAAUCAAAUUUGAAUUCUAUUAGUGACCACGGUAUCGAAUCUCAUCAACGCCUAUCAUGUAGCCGUAAUGCUACAAUUUACAGUAAUAUAAAAAAUAAUGUUGUACAAAAACAUAGUCCAAAUCAACAAGUUCUUAUACGUGCGUCCACGAUAAAAUGUCUAGAUGGUCAUCAUCGCUGUAGCCAGAAAAGAAAGUCAAUAUCAAGAGAAAAUCACAGCGAAAUUGCAGAAAUAAAUUUGUCCGAAGCUACGCUACCUUCGGAAAACUUUAUAAACUUGAUACAAAACGAAAAUUUUCAGAGUAAACAGAAUUCACAGCGUGUCAUCCAGAAUUUAUCACAAUUGCAAAUCAAAAGUAACGCCAUGUCAUCCUUGUCAAAACAACCCAGUAACAAUGGAAAUGGUAGCUCUAAUCCCCAAGGAGAUGGAGAUUAUCAACUCGUACAACAUGAGGUUUUAUACUCAAUGACAAAUCAGUACGAAGUUUUGGAGUUUCUUGGUCGGGGCACUUUUGGACAAGUUGUCAAAUGUUGGAAAAAAGGAACUAAUGAAAUAGUAGCUAUUAAGAUUUUAAAAAAUCAUCCGUCAUAUGCUAGGCAAGGCCAAAUUGAAGUUUCAAUAUUAUCUCGCCUUAGUCAAGAGAAUGCGGAUGAAUUUAAUUUUGUACGUGCCUUUGAGUGUUUUCAACAUAAGUCUCAUACUUGCUUGGUAUUUGAAAUGCUUGAGCAGAACUUGUACGAUUUCUUAAAACAGAAUAAAUUUUCUCCGCUCCCUCUAAAAUAUAUUAGACCUAUAUUGCAACAAGUUCUUACAGCUUUACUGAAACUAAAGCAAUUGGGAUUAAUCCAUGCCGACCUAAAACCAGAAAAUAUCAUGUUAGUUGAUCCAAUGCGCCAACCUUAUCGUGUGAAAGUCAUCGAUUUUGGAUCAGCAUCUCAUGUUUCAAAAGCAGUCUGUAACACUUAUUUACAAUCUCGAUAUUACAGAGCGCCAGAAAUAAUUCUGGGGUUACCCUUUUGUGAAGCCAUUGACAUGUGGUCACUUGGCUGUGUAGUAGCUGAAUUAUUUCUCGGAUGGCCACUUUAUCCGGGAAGUUCAGAAUAUGAUCAAAUAAGAUACAUAAGUCAAACUCAAGGCUUACCUACAGAGCAUAUGCUCAAUAAUGCUAGCAAAACCACAAAAUUCUUUUACAGAGACAUUGACAGUACCUACCCGUUCUGGAGAUUAAAAACUCCGGAAGAACAUGAAGCUGAAACAAAUAUAAAAUCGAAAGAAGCUAGAAAAUACAUUUUUAAUUGCAUAGAUGAUAUUGGACAGGUAAAUGUGCCCACAGAUUUGGAAGGUGGACAAUUGCUAGCGGAAAAAGCCGAUAGACGAGAAUUUAUUGAUUUAUUGAAGAGAAUGUUGACAAUGGAUCAGGAACGUCGCAUAACACCAGGAGAAGCAUUGAAUCAUGCCUUUGUUACUUUAGCUCAUCUUGUUGAUUAUGCUCAUUGUAAUAACGUUAAAGCUUCAGUGCAAAUGAUGGAAGUUUGUAGACGAGCUGGCGAUUUUUUGAGUGGUUCCAAUCAUCAUCAAUCUCAACCUGUACCACAACCAGCACCUUCAACAUCAAUCGUAGCUAAUUUUGUUCCAACAACGAAUGGGAAUGCAGUGACUCUUACAUUCAAUAAUCAAGUUCAACGUCUCGUUCGCGAUCACAGAUCAUCACAAUCAGGAUAUGAUCAUUUGUAUCAGUUGUAUAGCAACAAUGGCCGUCGAGUGAAUCAAUAUGGUACUUCUUCAGUGUCUAGUAGCAAUGGAAGAAAUGGUGUGCAUGAUUUUUCUCACCAACUAGUAUCAGGAAUUUUAUGUCCACCUCCUGGAUAUCAACCUCUUCCUAGUCCGGCCAAACACGUAGUAGUUGCACAGCCAACUCAAGCUCAACAAUCUUCAUUACAAAUUCAGCCAUCAAUCAUUACCCAACAAGCUGUUGCUGCCGCUCAGCAACAGUAUUCUGUACCUGUUUCAAUGAUGGAAAGUGGACGUCAAAUGUUGUUGACUAAUGCUGUACAAACAUCUUGGCCUAGUGGAAGUCGACAAAUGACAGCAUUGGUUCCUUCGUGGCAACAGUUGUCGCAUCAGCACCCUCCAAUCCAACAAUCGAUCUUGAACGAUAGUGGAGAUUGGAGUCGACCAUUACUCGUAAAUAGCUCUACUAUUUUACAAGAUCAGCGAUCAGUUUAUCCAGUAACCGAGAUGUACAAUGCAAAUUCUAUUGUUGAACAUGCACAGUUUCCAAGCUAUGGAAAACGCAGUGUUAAUAAGCACCAUCAUUUGAGUAUGCCUCAUUCAUCGCAAUAUCGAAGUCAUGAGCUUAAGAAAGAGCAGCAACAUCUUAGUCCCGUUAAGAAACGGGUUAAAGAAAGUACACCUCCAAGAAAUUCACGAAGACAACAGCGCUCUCCUCUUCAAACUGUUUAUGCAGCCCCGUCGCAUGAUACUGGUACCGCCCAUCAGAUACAGUUGCAAUCUCAAUUAUCUUCAAAUUGCUUUGUGCAUAAAGCAAAUCAUAUGAAGUAUUCGGAAGAUAGAUUGCAUAACAAUGAUGUGAUGUCUCAAACUAAACAACAGACUAUUACGAUUCAUGAUACACCUUCUCCUGCUGUUUCAGUCAUCACAAUAAGCGAUAGUGAGGAUGAAUCAUCAGCAAAGAGCUCGCAAACGCAAAAGAAAAGAAUUUUGACGAAAGCACAUUCAGAAGUAACUAAUCAGAAUGCAUCUAAGUUGGAUGAUCAUGAGAGUCAUAAUACAAUAGCUCAUGGCUACAGGACAGCAAUUUCAAAUGAAAUUUCGGCUUACCAGGAACCAAUGCUCAAAGUUUCUGAAACGCAUAUUCCCGAUCAGAGAUUGAUUGGAACAGCAGUAUCUAAGAGAGUUGACUGCAAGCAUGACUUUCUACAUCCUCCUACAGCUCAUUCCAGAGAUCAUGCCAAAUGGGCUGUUGUCGGUGCCGCUCAUCAAUACAGACACAAUCCUGUUCCAAAUACGCUUGGAAUUGCUUCAAAUCAAGACACUCCCUUAGUUGCGUCGCAAUUUAUGCACCACCCUCAACAAUUGAGUCCAGUAAUUGCAGCAGCGUCUGGUACUGCAUGUUCUCGAAUUUUACCAAAUAUUGCGUCGUCCUCAACAGGAUCUGGCUCGAUCAGCUGUACCAUGCGUAGUCCACAAGUAUCUGUUCUAACCAGUGGUACUCAACAUUUAAGUCAGGCUUUAUAUCAAGAGUAUCCACACUCAAUACGCCAAAGAAAUCACCCUGUCGCAUCUUCCGUGUACAUUACAACUCAAACCAAUAAUCCUACUCAGCCACAACUACACAAUUAUCGUGGAUUCACAACGAGCUCGCCACCUUUGGCAGUGUACGACACAAACAGAACUUUGCCUCCACCAGCUCAUCACAGUUCUGCAAGGCCUCUACUGAGCUCACACGCAACUCAUCCGCUGCCGGCACACAUACAGCCAAGCAAUGUUUAUGGUUUAAAUCCUAUAUCACCAGUUAAGCAUCAGUAUCAGCCUGGUCUUUGGUUUACAGAAUAAAUGAAAAUUAUUUAAAUAUUAAAAAAAAAUAUUUUGAGUACAUAAUUUUAUCAUAAGUAU